AUGUUUUACAUUCACUUGAAGUGUCUCCUUAAAAAAAAUUUGAUUCUAUGGCAGAGAGAUAAGUUAGGAACAAUUUGUGAAUUGCUCAUUCCUUUGCUUUUUUGCUUUAUUGUUUUUCUUCUAAGACUUUCAAUCACUAAAGAAAGCGUAGAGGCUAUUGAUUACCUACCUAUUUCAUAAACUCUUACUCCAGGGUGGGAUUAAAGCCUAAUUGCAAACGGUAUUCACUCCACAAUAAAAGAUUGCACUGACAAAAAUUAUGGUGGAAAAGUUGGCUUAGCUCCGAAUAUUCCUCUAACUCAAUCAAUUGCUAAUAUACUUAAAUAAUAUCCUGAUAUAAGUGUAGCCUUUUUCAAUGACAAAACAGAAUUUGAUCACCAUAUAACAAGAGAUGGAUAUAUAAGUGAGUAUCCUCCAUAAAUUUGUUUUGGUAUUAUCUUUACUGAAUGGGAAAAUGGAAAUUAUAACUAUCAAAUUUCAUUUAAUCUUACUUUAGCCACCGAGGUUCCUUAUUAAAAAGAAACUAACUAGUUAUAUAAGGAAUAGGAUAGUCUUAUAAAUGAUUAUAUUAACUCAGGUUUUACUAGAAUUGUUAAUUUUGUGAGCAAUAUCAUUUUGUAGUAAGAAAGUGGAAAUUAGAAUUUGAAGAUAACACCUAAAUUGAGUCCUAUUAAAAGAGCAGCAUAUACUAAGGACGUUAUAGCUACUACUCUUGGAUCAUACAUGAACUUUUAUAUUGUACUUCCUAUGAUAGCAUCAUUUUUAAGAUUUACUUCUAGAAUUUUAAAUGAAAAAGAAAAAAGAAUUAGAGAAGGAAUGAUGAUGAUGGGAUUGGGCAAAGCUCCUUUCUAUUUAAGUUGGGUUAUAACCUAUUUAGUGUAUUAUUUCUUUUUGUCAAUCUUGGUCACUAUUCUUUUCAAAUUUCUCGUGCUUACUUAUACAAACUUUUUUGUCUUCUUCUUCUUUUACUAUCUAUUUUGUAUCUCCUUGUUAGCAUAGAGUCUUUUCAUUACUGUAUUUUUUACCAAUCAAAGACCUGGUAUUCUAACAGCUACUGUUUUCUUCCUUCUUUAGUUUAUCUUUGUUAUGUUUGUAAUGAGCAAAUAUAAUCCUACUAAUAGUGAAUAUCAGAUAUCUUCAAUUUUCCCUCAAAGUGCAGUAGGUUUGGCUGCAAGAAUUUUCUUGAUUUAUGAAGGACUACAACAAAAUUUAGGAUUUGGAGAUGUAAAUAAGCUUGUAGAUUAUUAAAAGCUUAUUUACAGUUUUAACUCAUGUAUAAUUAACAGUGUUAUAUACUUAGUAUUAUUCUUGUAUCUCGAUUAAGUCUUCCCUAACGAGUUUGGUCAAAAAAAGCAUCCUCUAUUCUUUUUAGGAAUAAACUAUUCUUCAAAUAUAAAAAAAUCAUAACAGACACCAAUAAAGCAAGAAGAUGUAGAAACUCUUAUAGAAGAUGUUGAUGCUGAAAAGAAGAAACAAGAAAGCGAAGGAAAAACAAUUUAAAUCAAAGAUUUAGAAAAAAUUUACUAAACAGACGGGUAGCAAAAAGUUGCAGUUAACAGAAUUAACUUGCAAAUGUAUUCUGGUUAGGUAUUCUCAUUUUUAGGACAUAACGGAGCAGGAAAAACGACCACUAUGUCAAUUUUAACAGGAAUGCUUACACCUACCUCUGGUACAGCUUACAUUAAGGGUUUAGAUAUCAGAAAAGAUAUGGAUUAAAUCAGAAAAUUUUUAGGUGUUUGCCCUCAACAUGAUAUUUUAUUUGACUAGUUGACUGUCAAGGAACAUUUAGAAUUAUUUGCUACGCUCAAAGGAAUGCCUAGUGAUAAAAUAGAAAGCGCAGUCACCAAAAUAAUUAAAGAUGUUGAUUUGGUUGAAAAAACUAAUAUUAUAAGUUCAAGUCUUUCAGGAGGUCAAAAGAGAAAACUAUCUGUUGCUAUUGCAUUCAUAGGAGGAAGUGAUGUCAUUAUUUUAGAUGAACCUACAAGCGGUAUGGAUGUAUCUGCUAGAAGACACAUUUGGGAUAUGCUUAAAAACUAUAAAUCUUCAAAGAUUAUCAUUCUCACAACUCAUUUCAUGGAUGAAGCCGAUUACUUGGGUGAUAGAAUUGGUAUUAUAUCUGAUGGUAAAAUCAAGUGUAUAGGUUCAAACGUAUUCUUAAAGGACAGUUAUGGAGCUGGAUACAACUUUACUUUUGUGAAAGAAGAAAAUAAUUCUCCUUCCUAACCAAUUAUUGAAUUAAUGAAAAAGUAUAUUCCAGACUGCGAAAUUAUCAGUGAUGUUUCAGCUGAAGUAGCAUUCUAAGUACCGAAAAAGCAUGUUCCUGUAUUUAAAGAACUUUUUGAGAAUAUUGAAAAGAAUAAAAAAAGUUUGAUGAUACGCUCGUAUGGUGUCUCAAACACAACAUUAGAACAAGUCUUCUUAAAGGUGGCAUCUAUGAAUGAAAAUCAUUUUAUUUUAGAAAGAAGAUAAUCUAAUGCAAAAGAAUAAUAAAGUAAUAUUGAUUUUGAUUUUAGUAAAGAGAGAAUUAGUGGAAAUUUCAACAUCUUUAAAACCCAUUUACUUGCUUUAAUGAAAAAAAGAUAUAAUUAUUUCAAGAGAGAUACAAGAUCAUUUGUAUGCGAAUUAUUUUUACCUAUUAUUAUGAUUGUUGUUGGAUGUUUUGCUUCUUCUACAACUAAUUUUAGUGAUUGGCCUAAUCUGCAACUUACAUUUGAUUAAUACGAUGACUUUAAUUAAAUCUAUCUUGGAGGAUAAACUAAUAAUAUUUAAAACUAUUUACAUACUUACUCAAAUGUGGAAUACCUUUAAUCAGCAAGUUCUUCUGUUUAAGAUUUCAAUAAUGAAAUAUUUGAGAAGAAGACAACUGAUUUAAAAAUUGGAAUAUAUGUUAUGAAUGACUUACCUACAGAUUACUAAUAUUACUCAUUUGUCAAUUCGAUAAAUCCUAACAUGGCUCCUAUCUCAAUCAACAUGAUGAAUAAUGCAAUUAUAAACAAAAUUCUUGGAAGAAAUAUUAAUAUUAUUGUUAAUAAUUAGCCUCUAUUAUUGACUUCUUAUACAAUGGGUUUCUCAGGAAUAAUUAAGGGUAAUAUGAUCUCUAUUAUAUUUUCUAUUGGUAUGGCUUUUAUUCCAGCUAGUUUAAUAACUUAUAUAGUACGUGAAAGAGAAGAACACAUUAAGCAUUAACAAAUAGUAAGUGGUGUAAGCCUACUAGCUUAUUGGCUUUCUAAUUUCAUAGUAGAUUUACUUAAAUAUUUAGUUCCAGCACUAAUAAGUCCUUUCUUUGUAUAUGCUUUUGAUCUGACAGCUGUAACCGAAAAUGGAAAUUUCAAGUAUUUUUAUUUAUUAUUUGUGAUAUAUGGACCUAGUAUGAUUGCAUUUGUCUACGUUUGCUCAUUUUUACACAAAGACUAUGGUAACGCUCAACUUAUUUAAUUUUUCUUCAACUUUAUUGUAGGUGGAAUUGGAAGUGUUACUUUUGCUGUACUUAGGCUUGUUGAUACAACAAAAUAUAUUGCUAUUCAUUUGCACUAUAUAUUUCGUAUUUUUCCUUGCUUUUCUUAUGCUUAUGGAAUUACAAAUUUAUCAAGCAUAAAGGCAUAUUAGAUUUUAUAUAAUUAUGGUCAUUUACCUAGCCAGAUGGAUAUGGAUAUAGCUGGUGGAGAUAUAGUUUUUUUGUGUGUGAUGUUUAUAUUCUUUUUAAUUGUAUUAUUUGCAAUUGAAUAUUUUAGAGCAAGAAAGACAGUAUUAAAUAGAGAAAGUAAUUUCCCUUAUAUUCCAAAACCUAUGGAUAAUGAUGUACAGUCAGAGAAAAAUCUCAUUGAAACAGCUAACCCUUCUGAAUACACAAUCCUAGUCAGAAAUCUAAGGAAAGUUUUUAUUUAAAAUAAUGGAAAACCAAAAGUCGCUGUUGAUAACAUUAAUUUUGGAUUGAAAUAUGGUGAAGUUUUCUGCUUCUUAGGAACUAAUGGAGCUGGUAAAACAACCACCAUGAGAAUGCUGACAGGCGAAGAGACUAUUGGAUCAGGUGAAGCAUACAUCGAAGGUUUUAGAAUCCCUGAGUAGAUGUCCAUCGCUUAGUAGUACAUUGGAUACUGUCCUUAAUUUGAUGCCCUACUUGAUAAUUUGACAGCUCGUGAACACCUUGAGCUCUAUGCAGCUAUCAAGGGUAUUCCAUAAGAAAUGAUACCUCGUGCUGUAGACGAAAAACUAGAUGAAAUGAAUUUGCGUAAAUUUGAACAUAUUUGUAGCAGAACUUAUUCUGGUGGUAACAAACGUAAGCUUUCUGUUGCUAUUGCAAUGCUUGCCAACCCUCCAAUAGUAUUUUUAGAUGAGCCUUCAACAGGAAUGGACCCUGGUAAUCGUCGUUUUAUGUGGGAUGUAAUUAGUCGUAUUGCAACCCUUCGAAAGAAAUCAUCAAUCAUUCUUACAACUCAUUCAAUGGAAGAAGCUGAAGCUCUAGGAACAAAAGUCGGUAUUGUUGUAAGUGGUAAUCUUUAAUGUCUUGGAAGUAUUUAACACUUAAAAAAUAAGUUUGGAAAAGGUUAUGAGCUUGAUAUCAAAACAAAUCUUCCCUCCAUGCAAGAAUUAUCUUAGAUAGCAUGUGGAAAAAGUUUAAAUGAGGAAGUAAAUAGUGAAAAUAUUUAAGGUAUCCUUAAAGAUAUUAACUAAGUAAAUUUUAAUGAAUAGAUAAGUGAAAAAGGAUUUGCUUCUUAAAUAUUUUACGAAAUUUAAAAUAGUAAUUUUGUAGAACUAUAACUUUUGUUAGAAAAGAUUUAUUUGUACAAUUUAAACUAUAAGAUAUUACAGUUUUUAUAAUAAAAUACUGAAUAUUUCAAUAUCUUAGAGCAGUUUAAUAAUUUUAUGAAGGUCUAAAUAGCUACCAAAAAAACAAUAGGUGAAAUAUUUGGAUUAAUGUAUGAAAGCUAAGAAAAACUACAUGUUAGUUCUUAUAUGGUUAACUAAACAACUUUAGAAUAGAUUUUUAAUCAAAUAGCUAAUAAAUUUGAAUAAUUAGAUUAAUAAUAAAAAGGUUCAGCUAUUGUAAACAUUCAAGAUUAGACGAAAAAAACUUAUUUACCUAAAACUUAGUCUAGUAAUGAGGCAUAGCAUAAUUAAAAUUUAGAAGAUAAUAUGAUAAAUAUUGAAUAGCCUGCAAUAAUAUAAUUAUAAGUAAUGCCAAUAAAUACUCGUCAAAAUUGA